UUCAUCUUCCUUUGUCUCUAGGGUUUCUCUAGGGUUUCAAAACCGCCCCCAAAAUGCGAGCCCUAAUCCCCAAAUGUUACAAGAAAUCCCUAAUCUCGCAUCUUCGAGCUCGAAUCUCUCUCUUCUCGGAUCCAAUCUCAAUUCCUAUACCCUUAAUCCCUCGCAUUCCACCUCGUCGAUCGCUCCAUGACCUCCCGAAACACUUCACCGAAGCUCCAAAUCCCUCAAACUCUCUCCUUUCCUCCAAAAUCCUGCAAUCCGAUCCUUCCCCGAUCGCUGAAGCCGAAGAAGAAGAUGGGCCCAUGAACGAGUUCCUCUCCCGAUUCGUCUUUGCUAUCCGGCCAAAGCUCACUGCCGCAUUCCCGGACCUCGCGCGAGAAACACUCGACGCCAUGCUUCUUCUCAUCUGCCAGAAGGUACUGGCCGAGCUCGAUGGUGCCGCGGCGCCAGCCGUUGGUUCUGUUGAGCUGAGCCCUGAUCUCUGGGAAACCGUUCAGGAAAUCGCGAACUCGGUGCAUGAAGCGAUGAAAAAGGAUAGGCUGAGAGAAGAGAUCAAGAAGUACUUGCAUUGCGAUGAGGUGAAGGAGAUGUGCCGCUUCGCUGGAGAUGUUGGCAUUCGUGGGGAUUUUCUUCGCGAGCUUCGGUUCAAGUGGGCGAGAGAGAAGUUGGAGGAGGUGGAGUUUUACAGAGAAUUGGAUAGAAUUCGAGCGCAAGCCCAAAAAGGAGAUGAAAAUGAAGGGAUUGAAGAAGAAAACAGAGGAAAGCCGGAGCUUACUGCAUUGCCGGAGAGGAAGGGGAGGAUUAAGUACAAGAUUUAUGGCUUGGAUUUAUCAGACCCGAAGUGGGCAGAGGUGGCAGAGAGGGUGGAGGAAGCCGAGAAGCACAUUGUGCCAGAAGAGCCAAAGCCGAUUGUUGGAAAGUCCAAAAAGGUGGAUGAAAAUAUCCUUUCUUUGGACGCUGUGAAGGAUGAUCCUUUGCCGGUUUUGGAAGAGUGGAAAGGGCUUGUUGGACCAAAGAGGGUAGAUUGGGUUGCAUUGCUUGACAGAAUCAAAGAAAAGAGCAGUGCUUUGUAUUUCAAGGUUGCCGAACACCUUUUGAUAGAGGAAUCCUUUGAGGCAGGCAUUCGUGAUUAUUGGAGAUUAAUAGACUCUCAUUCAAAGGCCGAUUGCUUGAAGGAAGCUGAGAGAAUUCUCCAGAAAAUGAUAGAGAAGGGUAUAACGCCCGAUGUUCUGACAUGCAUCACCUUAGUUCAUAUGUAUAGCAAAACAGGAAACCUAGAACGCACGAAAGAGGCGUUUGACAGCUUAAGGCAACAAGGUUUCCAACCAGAUUUCAAGGUCUACAACUCCAUGAUCAUGGCCUAUGUGAAGGCUGGCAAUCCAAAGUCUGGAGAGUCAAUGGCGAGAGAAAUGGAAGCAAGGGAUAUCCAACCUACCAAAGAGAUCUACAUGGAAUUGCUGCGAGCGUUUGCACAACAAGGCCAGGUUGAUGGUGCACAAAGGAUUGUCAACACUAUGGAGUUCUCCGGAAUCCAACGAUGUGUAGAAUCUUCCACCUUGCUUGUGGAGGCCUAUGGAAAGUCCGGUGAUCCUGAUCAAGCCCGCAAACUAUUUGAUCUUAUGAUGAAGUCUGGUCUUAAACCAGAUGAUCGUUGCACUGCUAGCAUGAUCAGAGCUUAUGCUACGAAGAAUCAGCUGGACAAGGCCUUGGACCUGCUUUUGAAUCUAGAGAAGGAUGGUUUCCGGCCGGGGACAGCCAUAUACACUGUUUUGGUCGACUGGAUGGGAAGGUUGCAGAUGAUAGAGGAGGCCGAGCACUUUCUGAACAAUAUUAGGGAGAAGGGCGAAGACCCGCCCUUUGAGAUUCAUGUGAGCCUGUGUGACAUGUACUGCAGUGCAGGAAUUAAGGAGAAAACACGCGAAAACCUCAAAAUUCUCGAAGAGAAGAAACAUUUGUUGAAAGCAGAUGAGUUUGAGAGGAUUGUGAGUAGUCUUUUAGAUGGUGGUUUUGUCAACGAUGCAAAGAGGAUGCAUAACUUGAUGCAGGCUCAGGGCUUUCCACCAUCAGAGGCUUUGAGAGUUAGAAUUUCAGCUUCUCAAUCUAUUCCUAGCCAGAGACCAAGCAAAAGCAGAAGUGGUAAACCACGCUAUUAAAGUCCAAAAUAACCAUGGUUUUCUCAUGUAUCUCUCUCUCUCUCUUGCCAUGUUUGAUUAUCAGAGAAGUUUUGUUUCAAUUCCUGAACCUUUAUAUAUAUAUAUAUAUAUAUAUAAAUUAAUUAA